ACUAGAGGGUUAGGGUUCGGUUGUUUGUCCGGUUGAACCAGGAUGGAGACAUCAGAACCAGGACUAACCCGGGUUAUAAUGCUGGAAACAUCCUGUUAGAGAGACAGAGAGACAAGCAGAAGAGGAGGCGGUGACUGAAUCCUCCCGGGACAGCCCGACCGACCCGCUGCUAACAGCUAACAGCUAACAGGUAACAGGUGUGUCUGAGGACGCACCGGCACCGGUCCAACCUGCACCGCCCGGUACCCGGUCCCGUCUCGUGUCUCAUCGUUCUGGAGAAACUGCAUCUAAACGGGGAGCUGCUCUGGAGGAAGAUUCAUCCGUUUCUGUUCGUCAGUGAGGAUCCCUCUUCUUCUUCAUCUUCUUCUUCUUCAUCCAUCAGUGCGCAACAGAGAGGAGGAGGAGGAGGAGGACCAGGAGGAGGAGGAGGACCAGGAGGAGGAGGAGGUCCAGCGGCUCAUUCUGAGACCUGCAUUUAAGAACCGGACGGGACUUUGUGGUUUCUCUUGAGGAAUGGAGACAGUUUAAAGGGUCUGACUGGAGACUGGUUUGGUUUGGUUUUGCUGCCCCCCCACCCCCCCACCCCCCGGUGGUUCCGGAGACGCGCGCUCACCAGAACCGAACCCUCAUCUCACCGGUUCUACUGGAUCACAACUCUGUCUCCUUAUAAAACAACCUGGUUCUGAUCAUGACCACGAGGAGAACCAGCAGCAGUGUGGCGGACCCGGUGACCUCCUCCAGCACCUCCAACCACCAGAACCAGAACCCAGCCCCCAGGAGUCCCGGUGGAGGUUCGGAGAUGUUCGGUGAGUUCCAGGACUGGUGUCUGCGGACCUACGGGGACUCCGGCAAGACCAAGACCGUGACCCGGCGCAAGUACAGCAAGAUCCUGCAGACCCUGAUCCAGGGGGAUCAGACCCUGAUCCAGGAGAACCAGGGGGACCAGGAGACCAGCACCGGGCACGCGCUGCUCGUGCACGAGAAAGGAAACAACCACAUCAACGCCAAAUUUAAAUUCUGGGUCAAGUCCAAAGGGUUCCAGGUCGGGAUGCUGCAGGACGCCAAGACCGGCUCACCGGGACCAGGACCAGGUCCAGGACCGGUGCUGUACGUCCCCAUCAAGGCGACGUGUGUGGACGGCGUACCGGGCGUCGACUCGUCCCUGAAGCGCGUGGCGGUGGUGGAGGAUUUCUUCGACAUCAUCUACGCCAUGCACGUGGAGAUCAGCGUCGACCCCGGCAAAGCCCCGAAACACGCCGGCCAGAAGAAGACCUACAAAGCUAUAGCCGAGACGUACGCCUUCCUGCCCAGAGAGGCGGUGACUCGUUUCCUGAUGAGCUGUGGAGAGUGUCAGAAGAGGAUGCACAUCAGCACCGCCGGUCAGGACUACAAAGAGAACGACCGGCCGAGCUCUCUGGUGCUGGAGGUGAUCGACUACAACAUGCCUCUCACCACCACCUACAUGAAACACAUGAAGCUGCAGUGCAUGAGCAACAACAAGGAUGACAGUUCACUGAGCAGCGAGGAGGAGGCAGAGAUGAGCGAGCCCACGUGGCUAGCAGCUGAUCUGGGAGCAGCGUCUGACCUGAGCCCGCCGAGCCGAGGAGAGAGGAUGCGCCACAGUCCCCAGAACGCCCACGGCAAGGAGGACGACGAGGAUUCAUCGUCAGAGAGCGGCAGUGGAAACGGGCUGCCCGCCCUGACCCCUCCCUCCUCCGCCGUGACGGACGGCGCCAUGGUCCAGGAAACAGAGGUCGUCAACGGCAACGGCGGCCCCGCCCCGCUGGACUUCAGCACGCCGACGUCCUCCUCCUCGUCGUCCGAGGACCAGCAGCCGAUGAACCUGAGCGACCCCUUCCCGGCCCCCCCUCAGCGCCUGCCCCUGUCCACCUCGCACCUGCCCGUCACCGUGUCGGCGGCGGCCGCGGCUCUGCUCGGCGCUCUGCAUCCCAACGCGCCUGAGGAGCUCCGCAGGAAGUACCCGCUGGCCGCCAAGCCUCCCGUGGCGCCGCACCCGGCCCUGCCUCUGCCGCUGCCGCACACGCACAACGCACACACUCCCAACACACACUCCCAGUCCAACACACACACCGCUGAGCUGCGACUGGACCGAGACGGCCGUGACUACGGGGGCAAGUCCCCUCAGUACAGCUCGGGCGGCAGCUACGACAGCGUGAAGAUGGACCUGGGUGCCGAGGACCUGACCACGGGGCGGCAGGUCGCCGCCGACGAUGACGACGACGACCACGACGACCACGACGACAACGACAAGAUCAAUGACACGGAGGGAGUCGAUCCCGAGAGACUAAAGGCCUUCAAUAUGUUUGUGCGUCUGUUUGUGGACGAGAACUUGGAUCGGAUGGUUCCCAUCUCCAAGCAGCCCAAGGAGAAGAUCCAGGCCAUCAUCGAGUCCUGCAGCAGACAGUUCCCAGAGUUCCAGGAACGUGCCCGCAAGCGCAUCCGCACCUACCUCAAAUCCUGCCGACGCAUGAAGAAGAGCGGCAUGGAGACCCGUCCUACUCCGCCUCACCUCACCUCAGCCAUGGCUGAGAACAUCCUGGCUGCCGCCUGCGAGAGCGAAUCACGCAACGCCGCAAAGAGGAUGCGCCUCGACGCCUUUCACGAUGACCAGAUCUCUCUGGACAAGCCGUCCGGCGGCAGCGGCGGCGGUCUGAGGGAGCCGGCGUCCCUCGCUCACUCCGCCUACUCCCUGGCCGCCUCAGCCUUCUCCUCCUCCCAGGACACCCAGCUCUACAUCAACGGAGCCGGCCUCAGCUACGGUUACCGUGGAUACCCGGGCCUGGGCGCUGCCAUGCAACACCCCGUUUCCCUGACGACCGGCGCUGCUGCUCAGAGCAACGGCCCAACAGACCUCAGCAUGAAAUCUCUCUCCUCUGCCAACAUCAGUAACUCCUCCUCCUCCUCCGCCUCCGCCGCCGCCAACAACAGCCUGGGCGGACGGGGCAGCAGCAGCAGCAGCGGCGGCGGCGGAGGAGGGGGCGGGGCGUCGACCCAGCUCAGCCAACCGGAGAUCACGGCCGUGCGUCAGCUGAUCGCCGGCUACCGGGAGUCGGCCGCCUUCCUGCUCCGCUCGGCAGACGAGUUGGAGAACCUCAUCCUGCAGCAGAACUGAUGUGGGGAGAACACACACACACACACACACACACACACACACACACACACACACACACUUACACUCCGUUAUGUUGGUUUCGUGUCCGUCUGCGUCGACCGCCUUCUUGUUUUUGAUAAUUUUUUUGGAGGCAAAAGUGGGAAACUGGGACCGAAGGGAGGGAGACCGAUCCCACCAACAAUCCCCCACAACCUCCGUCCGUCCACUCGGCCUGAGGAGGAGAACUAAACAUCUCUUCCUCUCCUCUCCGGAAGAACCUCACAAUCAGCAAACACUCUGAGCGACGGAGUGUGGAGGAGAGGAAGAGGAGAGGAAGAGGACAAAGGAGGAGAAAGAAAAGCCUCCUCGUGGGUGAAGACGUUUUUGAGUUUUGAUCGACGGCCGCUUUAUGAUCAUUUAAAAUAAGUACUCACUCCCUGAAUUGGUACUACUGAAGCUGUUUGAGUGUUUCUGUUUGUUUAUUGUUGAUUUCUUUUUUUACUCUUCCCAAGUGACUGAAAGAAAGAAAAGUGGUUUGACUUCUCUGAACAGAAAGCACUAAACACGGAGAGGAGGACACUUUGAGUUCCGGGAACUGGAAAAGAGUUUUUGUUUAAAGAAAAAAAAAAAGGAGGAGGAGAGAAAGUGUUUUUGUGCUCGCUUGUAUAUAAGCUCUCUGUGUCCUAUAGCACUUUUCCCUCACCUUGAACCCCCCAUCCU